AUGAAGACUGCUUUAAUUUUGCUCAGCAUUUUGGGAAUGGCCUGUGCUUUCUCAAUGAAAAAUUUGCAUCGAAGAGUCAAAGUAGAGGAUUCUGAAGAAAACGGGGUCUUUAAGUAUAGGCCACGAUACUCUCUUUACAAGCAUUUCUACUUUUACCCUCCUCUAAAACGAUUUCCAGUUCAGAGCAGUAGUGACUCAUCUGAAGAAAAUGGGAAUGGUGAUAGUUCAGAAGAGGAGGAGGAAGAGGAGACUUCAAAUGAAGAAGAAAACAAUGAAAAUUCUGAUGAAAAUGAAGAUGAAGAAUCUGAGGCUGAGAACACCACACUUUCCACUGCAACGCCUGGCUAUGGAGAGAUCACACCUGGAACAGGGAUUAUACAGUUAGCUGCAAUCCACCUUCCCAAGAAGGCUGGAGAUAUAGGAAAGAAGGCUGCAAAACAGGAGGAAAGUGAUGAAGAAGAAGAGGAGGAAGAGGAAGAAGAUGAAAAUGAAGAAAACGAAGCAGAGGUGGAUGAAAACGAGCAAGGCAUAAAUGGCACCAGCACCAACAGCACAGAGGUGGACAAUGGCCACGGCAGCAGUGGCGGAGACAAUGGAGAGGAGGAUGGGGAAGGAGAAGGUGUCACCGAUGCCAAUGGAGAAGGAACCACAGCGCCUGGAGAGUGGGACAAUGGCAGCUCUGAGACAACCACCUCUCCAAAUGGUGGGUUUCAACCUACAACCCCACCUCUGGAGGGUUAUGGGACCACCCCCCCACCAUUUGGGAAAACCACCACCACCGAGUAUGAGGGGGAAUAUGAGCAAACUGGCACCAAUGAAUACGACAAUGGGUACGAAGUCUAUGAUCAUGAGAAUGGCGAACCUCGUGGGGACAGUUACCGCGCCUAUGAGGACGAGUACAGCUACUACAAAGGGCGUGGCUACGAUGGCUACCAUGGUCAGGAUUACUACUACCACCAGUGA